CGUCCGGCGACGGCACGAACCGGGAAGUAGUCGCGUAUGUCAUCGCUGUUGUUGUUGACGCUUCUCCACAGCGUUAUUCUCGUACAUCCGCCCUAUGUGAAACGUUUCUACCCUUAGGACUGUACCUUAUUUCCUCACUAUGCACUUUUAAUUUGUUAUCGCUUAGCUGUUUUGUGUGCGUUUACUGCUGUUUCUUCUUUCUUGACGCCGCUAACUAAGGUAGUGAGCAGCUAGCAUGAGAGGCGAGCACGUAGCAGGCUAAGUGAAGCUAAUUCACAAAGUCAUGUCAUUUGUUGGCUGACCGUCUUUGGGAGGAGACUAAAACAAGAUGGCCGUGGAGCUGGACGUGUUUGUGGGUAACACCACUAUCAUGGAUGAGGAGGUUUAUCAGCUCUGGUUGGAUGGAUAUACAGUAAAUGAUGCAGUGAAGGUCCGAAUGGAGGCCGGAGCGCUGGACGAGUGCGAGGCAAGCGCAGACGUGCUGCUGAGUGACACCAUGGACCAGUACCGAACUUUCCAGAUGUGCGAGCGCCUGCUGCACAGUCCGUCCAAACUGGCCAAUCAGCUGCUCUUCCAGAUCCCGCCUCAUCGACAAGCUAUGCUUAUAGAGAGAUACUACGACUUUGAUGAUGCGUUUGUUCGUGAAGUCCUGGGCAAGAAACUCUCAAAAGGAACAAAGAAGGACUUAGAUGACAUCAGCAUCAAGACGGGCGUGACCCUGAAAAGCUGCAGACGACAGUUUGACAACUUCAAGCGUGUUUUUAAAGUAGUGGAAGAACUGAAGGGACCCCUAGUAGAGAACAUACGUCAGCAUUUCCUGCUCUCUGACAAGCUUGGAAGGGAUUACGCGGCCAUUGUGUUCUUUGCCAACAAUCGCUUUGAGACGGGGAAGAGAAAGCUGCAGUAUCUCACGUUCCAGGACUUUGCUUUCUGCGCUGGGCAGCUUAUCAACAACUGGACAGUUGGAGCUGUUGAUAACAUGGUGGAAGACAUGGAUGUGGAUCUAGACAAAGAAUUUCUCCAAGAGCUGAAAGAACUAAAGAUUUUAAUCUCCGACAAGGAUCUGCUGGAUCAACACAAAAGUCUUGUCUGCACAGCCCUCAGGGGGAAGACUAAAGCUUUUCCUGAAAUGGAGGCCAAUUUCAAGAAUCUUUCCAGAGGCCUUGUAAACAUCGCAGCCAAGUUAACCAACACGAAAGAUGUCCGUGAUUUCUUCAUCGACCUCGUGGAGAAGUUUAUCGAGCCGUGUCGCUCGGACCGAUGGACAGCAGCGGACACGAGGCUCUACCUGACUCACUAUACCAAUUCUGCACACAUACUGGACACUUUCAAACAUCAAGUUGUGUGGGACAGAUACAUGGGCGUCAUAAAAAGCUGCAUCUUCAAAAUGUAUCACGACUGAGCUGCUUUUUCAUCCACGACCACAUUUUUCUCCGCUGCUAGCCCAAGCUGUUAUCUUAACACUCCCCCUACCGUGUUUGAGUUUUUAUACCAUAGCCUUGAUAUCCACCUUAAGGUCCUUGUACUAGUACCCUUUUUGUCGCUGACAAGUAAGACAAUUUGGUGCACGAGUAGAACGACUGUCUUACUAUUAAUAUUGCUUGCAUCACUAUUCCCGCUUUUGACCACUAGUGCCACUGAGUACAACCUUAUGCUAAUAGCCUUGGCAUUGAAUAAAUUACCAUUUAUUCAAUGUCAACGGUAUCCACCUUAAGGUCCAUGGACUAGUACGGUCUUUCUCUUCACUAGUAUGACAGUUUAGCGUACUAGUAAAACAACUGUGUUUUAGUAGCAACGUUUUUUUCCACUACUAGUGCCACUUUUGAUAUACUAGUACUCAAUUAAACCUUCCUGGUAAACUACUGUUCUGUACUGGUAUACUAUAGUAUAGCAUACUAGUAGGACAACUACAUGUACUUGUGAGGCAAAAGUGUGCACUACUUGAAGAAACUAGAUCUUAAACUGUAGAAUCUUCUGUCACUAGUAGUAAUCAUAGUACACCAUUGUCAACUAGUGCAGUUUUGCCUCAAUAGCAACAUGUACAGUGCCUUGCAAAAGUAUUCACCUCUUUGGUUUUUUUACCCAUUUUGUUCCAUUACAAUCUCAUGUUUCAAUAAUUUCUUUAUCUGAACUUUAUUGUAUACGUCUGCACAAAAUAGUCAAAGUUUUGAAGCGAAAUGAGAAAAACGUUUAAAAAUAUUUUUCAAGAAUAGAAGAAACUUAAAAUUGGCAUGUGCAUAAACUAUUAAGGUUUGUACUUUGUAGAGCCAUUGUUUGCGGCAAUCAUGGCUGCAUGUUUUUUGUCAAAUGUUUCUUAGUUUAUUUAACCUUUAUUUAUCCACUUAAGGCAACUGAGAACAGAUUUGCAUUUGCAAUGCCGACCUGACUGCAAACAACAGAGUUAAACAACGCAAAAUAAAAGCAAAUACAUAUACAACGAAUUAUACAAUGUGACAUAGGUACAUACAGUGCUGUGAAAAAGUAUUGGCCCCCCUCUCAAAUUCUUAUAUUUUUGCAUAGUUUCCCCACUUUAAGUUCAGCAAACAAAUGUAAAUAUUAGAGAAAUAUAACCCAAGUGAACUUAAAAUGCUGUUUUUAAAUGGUGCUUUCAUUUAUUAAGGAAAAAAAAAACUUGAGUUACCUGGCCCUGUGUGAAAAAGGAAUUACCCUCCUUGUUAAUUCAUGAAUUGUGGCAGGUGAACGAGUGGCAGAUCCUGAGAUGACUGGAAGCACAGUUACGAGGUACUAGAACACGGCACAUGUAGACCCGCUUUUUGGUCAAACACUGCGUGAUGGACGCCCCGUCAAACUGGCGCAUGGUGACACCGCCCAAUGGCCUCUACAAGUCCUGGUAGUUGUACCCAGACAUCGCCGACAUCACGGGAUCCGUUUUUGACUGCCACUUUCUUUCCUGGGAGGCACCAAGUUGAUAGUGUCCGUUGUAGAAGUGUGGAUGGCAACCUUGACAUUCAUUCCACUCUGAAACUUAAAAUUCAGAUUGAAAUAUCAUUAAAAUUAGAGGUUGUAAUAUAACAGAAUAGGUAAAGAAAAAAAAAAAGAACUAAGAGGGUGAAUACUUUUGCAAGGCACUGUAGUUCUCCUACUAGUGAGUACAAUAAGAUGGGUAUCAAGGAUGUUAAAUAUUGCAUACUAGUAGACCAAAGGUGGCAUUGGUAGCAGAAAGAAAUCUAUAUGUAAUGUUCCAUUAGUGUGCCCUAGUCCACUUCUAGUGCUUUGAAUUGUCUUCGUGAGGACAAAGAGCAUACCAGUACAUAGACCUUAAGAUGGAUCAAUGUCUUUCCACACCCUCGCUUUCUUUUUUGUCAAAGCCCCCAACCCUUAAUCAUUGCUUCAAGCCUCCAAACUGCUCCUCUAGCUGUCUUUCUAUUCACUUUGUAAAUAAAAGUGCAUUUACAUCAA